CCGAGUCGCGGUGCCACAGCUCUGCUGACAGCCGGCGCUGGCAGCGGCUGCCGCCCCGCCGGGCCAUGGGCCCGCGCUUGUGACACGGUCACUCGCCCUCCCCUCGGGUCGCCUCUGUCGCCAGCAGCGGGGCCGACAUGUGCCGAUGACCAUGGAGAUGAAGGACUCGGGCAGCGUGGUGCUGACAGCCUACCAUCCCCACAGCCCGGCCAGGAUCCCGGGCAUGGAGCAGAGCUUCGUGCAGGAUAUCGCCCCCGGCCAUUCGCCCGCCAGCAGAAAGUCUUUCUCUCGUUGUCGAAGAAUUAACAGGAUGCUUUCCAACGAGUCAGUACCUCCCGCCUUCAGUCGCUCCAAUUCUCAGGCCUCCAUGGACAGCACUUCCAUGGAGGACUUCUGGUGUGAAGUAGAGAGCAUCAAGGAGAGCAGAGAAGAUGGAUCUGAAGAAGCAAUGCUCUUGGAGUUCAAGCCUGCUGAUGAAGGGGAACUGGAGGCAGAAUGGCUGCAAGACGUAGGUUUAUCCACGUUGAUCUCAGGAGCUGAAGAGGAGGAUGGCCAAGCCCUGCUGUCCACUCUGACCAGAACUCAAGCUGCUGCUGUACAGAAGAGGUACAACACCUACACUCAGACCCUGAGGAAGAAAAACAAGCAGACAGUCCGGGAUGUGCGAGAUAUCUUUGGCACCAGUGACUCUUCUCCCACAUUUGAGACAGUUCCAGUGUCACCAGUAUCUUCUAAUGGUAUCCAGCUUCCUGGGCAGAAGACAGUUUGGAAAUCAGUUAGCUCUAAGAGCUGUCUAGACUGUGGAACAGAUAAAGGCAGCCCAUCCAUAACAGAAGAGCUCUCCUAUGAUGUCUCUUUCUCAGAAUCCAUUACAGUCCUUCCAAAAACCCAAGAGUGGCCAAAAAACCAGAGGUUCAAAAAGGAAGACUCGGCUUUGCCAAAAUUCAUUGUUCGGAAAAGCCGGUUUGGCCUGACGGAGGUUGGGGACCUGUCUCCAGAAGACAUGAAGAAGAUCCGCUACCUCUCCCUGAUCGAGCUCACGGCCUUCUACGAUGCGCUGGGCGUGGAACUGAAGAGGAACCGUGUGGAGAGGGUGCGGGGACGAGAGAAUGGUCUUUUUGGAGUCCCGCUCACCGUACUGCUGGAGAAUGACCAAAAGAAGGUUCCUGGAAUAAAAGUGCCCCUUAUCUUCCAAAAACUGCUGCUCAAGCUUGAGGAGACAGGUUUGGAAACUGAAGGAAUUCUGCGGGUUCCUGGAUCUGCCUCCAGAGUCAAGAAUCUCCAUCAAGAACUUGAGGCAAAAUUUUAUGAAGACACUUUUGACUGGGACCAAGUACGAAAUAAUGAUGCAGCGGGUCUGCUAAAAAUGUUUAUAAGAGAACUCCCAAGCCCACUCUUCACAGUAGAAUAUCUGCCUGCAUUCAUCACACUAGUAGAAAAAAUCUCCAAGAUCAAGUUACAACUACAAGCUUUGCAUCUGUUGAUCAUGCUGAUGCCUGAAGCCAACAGAGACACAGCCAAGGCCUUUCUUCAGUUCCUGAAGAAGGUGGUUGCUAAUGAAGGGAAAAACAAGAUGAAUUUGUGGAACGUGUCAAUGAUUGUUGCACCAAACCUCUUUAUCUACAAAGGGAAACGUGCAAACCAACAAGAAAUGCAAGCAGCUGCCACCACCGCACACAUUGUGCGGCUUUUAAUCCGGUACCAGGACAUCCUGUGGACAGUCCCAUCCUUCCUGAUUUCCCAAGUGAGGAAAAUGAAUGAGGCAGCCAUGAACAACAGCAAGAGACAGCUGAUGUUUGACAAAGGAGUGAGAAAACUUUUGAGGAGAAAGACCAUGGAACGGGAGAGACCUGAAAGACCAGAGGGAGCUGUCACUUUCCCUCCAUACUUGCAGUCUGACAUACCUGAGGGGGUGAUAAGAGUUUAUGCUCCACUGCAUUCAAAAGUCUCUAUGGCAAUUCAACUCAACAGCCAAACAAAAGCCAAAGACAUCCUGGCUCGAUUCCACUGUGAAAACAGCCGUGGACCAUCACAGAACGUGAGAGGCCAGAUCCAAAGUUUACAUGAAAUUGGAGGAAAUAUAGGUCAGCACUGUUUGGAUCCAGAUGCAUUCAUGCUAGAUGUCUACCGUGCAAAUCCUCAGGCAGAAUGGGUGAUAAAACCAAAAGCCAGCUGAAGCAGAAGGCAGCAGGGUACUGGACAAAAGCCAAAUGGACAAGAGUGAUGCCUGUCAUUUUAAGCAGCUCCUGCAGAGACAUAACGAAAUGGUAUCCACAGGACAUCAUUCCUUCUUACUGUACUGUCCAGCUGAUGGUCAGCACAUAGUACUUUUGGUAUUCCAGCUUCCAAACCAUCGGAAAAAUAUCACAUUAGUUAUGCUUUCAUAUGGAUUACACUUGUGCCAGUUGGCCCAGGAGGUGAGGAGGGCAGACCAAGGUACGGUGUUCGUUUCCUGACCUGGUGUUAGAACAAUUUUUGGAAAUAAUGCAGUGGCAUCAGAUGAAUGAAACACUACUGACCACAGCAUGACACAGAAGCAUGACAGAUGUCGGAGAAGGGAAGGUGGCUGUCAGGCAUGGAAGGUGGGAGCUCAACAUCCAGCAGUGCCAAGAGAGCUGUGUGAAAACCAAACCUUUUUCCUGAAAGUAAACCCAUAUAUUGUUUGUUACUGCAAUGCUUGUGUCUCUCAGUCAGUCCUCGUGAGUACCUGAGGGAGGGAGGCAGGAGGAGGAACUACAGACAGCUCUACUGCUCAGUGUACCUACCACUGUAUAUCUCACGAGCAGUCUUCCAAAAUCAUCUGUCUGGAUCCCCCAGCUGUGUGCAAUUGUUAUGCCACAAAGCACACUCCCCUCCCUUCCCCUGUCACACAAGUUUCAGGAGACAAAGGCUAGGUGAGGAGGGGCAUCUGCCCCUAGCUCUGCCUUUUACUUGAUACUCUCAGAAUUAAAUCUGUGUAAUGCCAGACCAUGAGACGUGUUAAUGGUGCCACUUACAGUCAUCACCUUUUUUUGUUAAACAUUAUAGUUUCUAAUUUGUAAGCUAAUUCUUUUUAUUUUGUUUAUUUUAGCUUUAAUAUGUAAGCAAUUUUUAUACUCUUCAGCUGCAUCAACAAGAGAGAUCUUUGUUCAGGUGUUGUAUAAUACAGCAUGGAGAAGAAACAGGGCUUCCAAUGAGGAAAGGGAUUUAAUAAUUUACGCAUUAGAUCUUUAAAACCAUAGCCAAUCUAGGCCCAGUUGUGCUGGGGGUUUUACAAAUACAUAGCAAAUUGCAGCUGGCAUGCAGUCUAAGCAAACACACAGGCUGACAAGAGAAUAGUGGGCUGCCACUGAAUUGGGAAUGUCAGAUAGGAUGUCUUAUUUGGAGCUAGUCACAAGAGCAAGCAGAGUUCAGUCAUCUCACUUUGGGCUGUGCUGAACUAAAAGAGAUUUGCUGAGUAAGGAAAUCACAAAUCCCUGUAAAAGAGCAAGUAUUUUUUUUUCAUCUGUGUCAUAUAAUUGGGAAUAAUUGGGAACCAAUGCCUUCAACUACACUGCAAUGUCCUCAUCAUUGUUGCAGAAUGAAACCACCCCCAGCCUGAGCAAUGAUUUUUGUUCCUGAUCUGGACACAGGGAUAAGGCAGAAGCUCUGUUUAUUACAUAGCAACUAAAAAGCACUCUGAACCUCCAGGUGAACUAGGAGUGAAUAAAGUCUGCUGUCCUGCAGAGAAGGCCUGUAACUUGUGAUGCUCUGCUGAAGCUGUGCAAUGAGGAUCUGACCCAGAAGCAGACCCUCUAAAAUAUGGCAAGGUUAUUGUGUUCUCCAGUAGUUAGCUUUCACUGUCAGUGGUCAGUGAAAGAAAUCAACAUUGAAUCAGUAACUUUACCAGCAACAAUAAUAUCUACAGAGGGCUUUCUUGUCUUCUUGAUAAAAAAUGAUAAAAAAUUAGCAACAUUUUCUUUAGAACAGUGACAUUUUUAACUUUCUGGUUGUUUUGGCGCAUUUUUGUUUUGUUUUGUUUUUUUGCUUGUUUGGGGGUUUUGUUUUUAGGGGGUUUUUUGGUAGGUUUUUGUUGUUGUUCUUGUUUGUUUGAUUUUUUUUUUGUUUUCUUUUGUUUUUCCUUUUUCUUCUUAACACUAAAGGAGAUACAGCUGCAGCCAGGAAAAAAAAAAACAGGACAAUUCUGUUAUAAAAUACCCUCCUUAUUUUGAAAACUAUUUAUUUUAAGUAUACAAGAGAUAGUAGGUCUGUGGCUUGUUUAUAGGACUAAGCAUAAACGUUUUGUCUUGUGCUUUGCUCCCGAUGCCCUUUAGUUCCCUCUGUGGCAAUGGACAGCUCUUUGUGCUUGUGCUGCCCUUGAAUGUCAGCUGUAAAGCAAGACUAGUGCUUUCCACAUAAAGGCAACACGAGAAUUAGUUGAGUUAAAUUCUACUCUCAGAUGUAGCCAAACAAUUCCCUGAGCAGAUCAGGAAUAAUGAACAUCCAUCUGGGAAGAACAAACUCAGCAAAGGCUUUUUAUGUGGAAAGUGCUUUGAAUAUAGAGAGGGUCAGAUAAAUGCUAAGCAUCGUUGUAUCUAUAGCCAACUAAAAGGCAUUCUGAGACUGUACAGAAAGCCUAAACAUUAAGAAAGUAAUUUGCAGUGUCAUAGCAAAUGAGCUAACUUCCUACAAUACUUUCAAAUACAUUGACCUCCUCCAUCUUGCCCGCUCACUUCACUCUGUGUUCUCAAGGGUUGUGCAAGGGAAAGGACAGAGCAGCCCUGUGUUCAUGCUGCAGCUUGCUCAGCAUCUUCUGGACCUCAGCAAUGUUACUUCUGAAAUACAUCUCCCCACAUUCUGUAUAGCAUACAAGGGAGGUUUGGAAGACUUUUGCCACUUCACAACUUAGGAAAGUCAAAUACAAUGUCAUAAAAUCCACCCUGUGAGCUCUUGUUUUAUGCUGAAACUAUAACUUUGUAAGACAUGCAUAUUAGCAGAUGAACUAGAUUCUACGUAGAGUGGCCAAAUACCUCCUGUCUCUGAAAAAGAAUGUCAGAAUUCUCUCUUGAUACAAAUGGCCCUAAUGACCCAUGUGUAGUGGUAAAUACUGUUCCACAUUAAGUUGUUUUUAUUGUUUUGGUACACUAACUUGAUUUAAUAUGCAGCAGACAAAUGGAACAAGCUCAAUGUUAUUUUGAAAUAUGAGGUCUCAACUUUAGGUCUUGUAUUUCAAGAUGCUGGUUGGAGGCAUGAGAAAUUUUGUUUCUCCUAACAGAAACUGAAGUCAAAACUAAGUUGCAAGAGGAUUGUCACCUAACAAAAAGUAACAUACGUGGAAAGCUAUUAGUAAGAAAAUGGUAGCAAGCAAAGAGAAAUUUACUGAAAUUCCAAAAAUGCCUCAAGCAUUUACAUACUCCAUGGUUCUACAAGGACAGCAUUUUGCAUAUCAACACAUAGAGAGAGAGAGUAUUUUAAAAAGCAGGUGUUGCAAAACAGACUGGAAUGCUUUAACCUGUAUAUGUAGUGAAUGUCAUUAGAAAGUGUGCGUGUGUGCAAAUGUGUCUGUGUCCAUGUAUAAUAUUAACUACCUCACUCUGCAUUUUCCAGGAAAAAUGUUUUGGCUUAGACAUUUACUACUUAAUCUAUUAUCAAUUUAAUAUUAAUGCUGACAAAGUAUUCUUUUUGUAUGAGGCAAGAUUUGAAGUGACAAAAAAAAAAAAGAUCUAGUAAAAUACAUAUUUCAGGAUAUGGAUGAAAUUUUAUCCAAAAUACGUUGCCUAAAUUAUGCUUGUAAUGUGAACCUUGUGAGAUCAGAUGUUGGGGUUAAUAGACAAUGAAUACAAACACACAGUGUUUCAUUUUUAUUUUUCAAUGGGUUUCUAUUCAUGUGUCUCUUCUCUGGAAAAUAAUACAAUGCCACUAAUCAAAGCCAAGUGUUUGUAUGUACGUUUCCCUACAAUCCCCAUUAUGUUAUGUGUUUUGUUGAAGUACACCAACAUGUAAGUGUAUUUGUACAGCAGUGUGUCCACUGUAUUGUAUCCAUGUCAAAAUAAAAACAAUACAACAAAGCCAGCUCUUCAAAUCUAACCACGUGUGUUUUGGAUAGAAGCAGGGGGCAGAAAAGCAACUUAAAAACUUGCAAAAGCAACUGAGUAGUUACAGCAACUGAACAGCUGUGCUGAGGACCACAUUUUGCCACCCUUGCUGAAGUGGAGGAGCUCUUAGCUCCAGGAGCUCUUCCCUUGGAGUACCUCUAUGCAAUGCACAAAACACACUGCUUGGAAUCCUGCCUCACUGAAAGCAAUGGCAAACUGCUUUGGAGUUUCAUUUCAGCUAGGAUUUUUUUAAACUAGUACAAAAUGCAUAGAGAAAAUCUAACAUUAGAACAAACUGUACAAAUGCAUAGUAAAAGCCAAAUAAAAUUGGAAGGAGCAAACAAAACUAGUGGUAGUUCAAAGAGAAAAAAAAAAAGGGGGAGAUGGAAGUAACUUGCAAAGAACUAUGUUUGUUACAGAUGCAUAUUAAAGUGUGAAACACAUUUGUCACUGCUCAGUGAUCUGGCCAGUUGAUGAAUGGAUGUCCUCACUUGAUUGAGACUGAGCACACAUCC